UUCAUAUAUUCCCCCCUUUUUGUCACAACUAGUUUAAGUUAUAUUUUCUCCAAAUGGAUACUAAAAACAAUGGCACCACAACCACAGUGCGUCGAACUUCCAGGCCCCUCCGAAAAAAACGUUCAUCUUAUCGCCAAAGCAGACGUUCAACCUUUGAUAGUGAGCAGAGCGGCGAUUUGCUAGGACCUGAAAAAAGAAUAUCCCAACAGCGUGUUUUCCUCUACAUUCAGUUGAAUGUGAUUGAUAAAUUGCCAGAGACAGCUUACCCCAUGGAAUUGCAUUUGUUUCAUGUGAAGAACACAUUGCAGAAGAUGCAGGAGAAGUAUACCAAGGAUACCAUAAUCUAUCAGAAUGAGUUCUCCAUGAAUAAGCCCGUCUUUGCCAUGGGUAUCAUGCAAGACGAUAUCAAUGAUAUGAACACAUUCAGUGAUAAUCCAUUGGUCAUUACGCUGUAUCAAAGGAUACCGCGUCAUCGCAAGGGUCAUAUGAAGACCAUAAACAUGUCUUUCAAUGCAAAGUGCGAUGGUGCCGACUAUACGGCAAGCACAUCAAGUACCACGCAAAUGGAUGGUAUUCCAGAUCAAAAUUUUUCAAAAACGACUGGCAAUUCGGAAAGUGUCGAGGCAGAGGGUGAAAGCGAACAGGGUAAUCAAGUGGGAGAGCGUCUGCAAUUCAUUUCCCGAGGUAAUUGUGAUCUGCUUCAGCUCUUUCAGCGACGACGUUUCAUCAGUAAUGUGGAAAUCUUUCUAUAUCCGCAAUAUAAACGUUUGCUGCGAACUCCCACAAGCGAAAAAAUUACGACUAGUACCCAAUGGCAUAUGUACUCAAUUCUGCCAAUGCUGAAGAACUUUAAUUUCAAUAAUCUAGUAUUUAUUACCUUGGAAUCGAUUUACAAUGUUCCCGACGAUCUCCACGAAAGAGCUGCAGACUUGGGUGUAAGCAUUGCCUUUCGCUCGAAGCUACCCAAAGAAAAUGGGGAUUAUCAUGUGCUUCCGAUAUGCAAUUACUACAGCUUUAGUUCCCAGAUCAUUAGCACCCAGAGCACAGGUAUUGUCUGGGAGAAUAUCAAGCGGGACUAUAAUCCAAGUAAGAAUUUCAGUUCCCUGCAAAUGGAAACCAAUAUGCGCAUCAAGUUACCUCAUAUCUUUCGCCAACUACUGGCAACACCCGGAGUGGAUCUUAAAUUAGAUCAGAUUGAUCCUCUGGUCGAUGUGGCCUUAAUUAACAACUCUCUGCAUCGUUUCGUUCUCACAGAGGAGAUGCGUCUAAUCCUCGAAUCUGCUAUAUCUCAGAAUGACUAUGAUUUGGUGGUGCAAUUGUUUAAGGACACGCCUGAGAAUGCCUUCUAUGAGGGUGUCAUUAACCCCAGCAUAUUUGUAUAUCCAUCAGUGAACAACUGUCGCUUUGCCACUUUGUUGACACCAAUUUUCAGGCCUUCAGUCACUCGUCGGACAUCUAUUCAGAAUUCCACUUCCAGUUUCACCACUAAUCCUUCAAUUGGUCCCAUGUUUGCCUCCAUUAAGAUUUGCUUCUAUCAGCCAAUUACCCAACGCAAUGAAGCUCUGGACACCUACAAUGAGUCUGUCCUUAAGACGUCAAAAUUGAGACGCUGCUACGACUUACAAGACAUACGAAGUGAUUGCGAGGAAGAUAAGAAUGUAGUCGAGGAACUAUAUAGAGCAUUUGAUAAUCUCAUUUCGGAUGUGACAGCUUUUAUAGUGAAUCGUGAGAUUAAAUCUGUUGAACAGAAACGAGACUAUUUCUGCUGUCAAUUGGGUAAUCUGAAUAAUAUACUUUUGAAACUUUGCGGCGCUGAUUUCAACAUACGCAUGCCAACGAAAAAUAAUAUUGAAUUUCGCGAGAUGAUCACUCACAUGUACAAGGAGCUAAUAGAUCGAAUCGAGAAUCAAUUUGAUAACUGCAGUUGGGAGAAUGUUUGUCAUUGUGUUACUGCUUAUGAAAAGGAACAGAAGCGUUUAAUUGGUAUGAUGAAUGAGCUGAGGAUGAUGUGCAUUAUUGGGGAACCAGAGAUGGCCAAACAGAUAUACGAAGAACUCAAGGCGGGCAGCAACAACCAGAUGUUCUUCAAUUUCUACACAUUCUUAAACAAUGUAGAGAACUUAAAUUUCCAUUCCGCCGCCCAGUUUUUCCUGAAAACAACGGAUGGAUCUCAGGAUGAAUAUUUUCCUUCUCUUGCUAAGCUCUAUGUCAACUACAUGAUGGACUUGCAAUCCAAAGAUGAAGAAAUUGUAAGCGCUGCAUAUUCGAAUAUGUUGGAAAAUCUACGUAUAUUUGCCGACAAACAUAGUUUGGAUAUGGAUAUAUGGAUUUUGUUGUAUUGCUAUUACAAGAGCCAUGAAUAUUUACCCGGCAUGGAAUAUGCCCGCUGGAAAUAUGAAAAUCUCUGUGAUGUGCCAGCCAAAACUUUAUCCAACACUCCCCGCUCUCUGUACGAAUUGUUUUUGCCAAAUGAUUUUGAAAUUAGCAAUUCGGCGGGAAAAACGAAUUUAAAGUUUUAUCAAACUUUCAAACUCUUUGCCCGUCUGGGAGCUUAUGGUUUCGCUGAGAUUGUGUUUGCGCAAAUCUCUGAAGAUUUCACGCCAGUCGAGGCUUACUUAGUGACAACCACAUUGAAGACACUGCAAGGGCAAAUUGAUGAUGAAUUUCAAAUACAUCAAUUGGACACUGAUAAUAACGAUCAGCUAAUGCACUAUUAUCAAGCUCAUGUCAAUGGAAAUGCACUCUAUUCACGUGGAAGUUUCGAUGAGGCCAUUGUACAAUUCAAGGAUCUCUUGAACAUCACUGAACCCAAUGUCGGCUGCAUAUUUGAGAUAAGCCUCAUGCGACUGGCUCACUUAGCUUUUGAACGCGAAGAUUAUGAAUUGGCUAGUCAAGCUUUUGAGAUGUGUUUGCCUAGUGACAACAAGCCAAAGAAACAUUUUAUGGCCAACUAUGGCAAGGCGUUGGCCCUUUAUUAUAUGAAUCACUUGGAAGAAGCCACCGAAUAUUUGGCUAAAUGUACGGAAGUGGAGGUGUUUAUGCCCGAUAUUUGGGGCUAUUUGGCCAUCAUUAAUUUGCGUAUGAAUCGCAAUAAACGAGCUUUGGACUGCUGGAAAAUGGCCAAGAUGUAUCCUGAAAUUGAAUUGAAUAAUCACAUCUAUGAGGAAUUGGAGAAAAUCAAGUUUACCGAUUUACACUUGCUGGUGGAUGAUGAUGGGAAUCCUGCCGAGACAGUAACCUUUCAAAUAUUCUAAAAUUCCAUCCCAGGCAAUAAACCAAAAUUUUAUUUAA